UUGACACUGUGAAUGAAUUUGUAUUAGCAUAAGCAAGUAUGGCGUCCAAUCCUAUUAUCUCGUAUAACAUAACACUUAAAUGUUUCUUAAAUAAAAUGAAUUCGAUGUCCCGAACGCUAUUGGGAUAGCUCGCUCCUUCGCAAAUAUGACCGGGCCGUAAUAUUCGUAAGUGAAAAACAAUCCGUAUACCGUCGUGCACGAUGAUAGAUCUCGAUUUCGUCAGGGGAUACCUUAGUAUGCAAGUCAAUGAAAUAAUUUGUUGGUGGUGGUUUUACAUCAACGAGAUUUCGUGGCAAUUGCUAAUCGCUAUCACCGCGUAUCUUUGCGUUUGCAUUUUCCUCUAUUCAGUUUUGAAGAGAGUUAGCCACGUAGCGUGGCAGCUUCCAGGUCCGCCUGCGAGAAUAUUGUUAGUCACUGCUCACCCUGACGAUGAGGUGAUGUUUUUCGGUCCUCUCGUUUACUGGGUCACAAAAUCGAAGGCUAGCGAAAUUUAUCUACUCUGCCUUAGCAAUGGUGGUGAUAAGAAGAGAAAAGAAGAGUUAUGGAACUGUACAAAAUUAUUAGGGAUUCCCGAAGAUAAUGUAACAAUAGUGAUGAGUACAGAGUUACCUGAUGAUCCAAAUGUACAAUGGCCAACUGAGAUAGUGGCAGAAUGUAUUUUACAUCACGUCGAAUGUUACAAGAUGAAUGCAGUUGUAACGUUCGAUAGGCAUGGCAUAAGCAGGCAUAGGAAUCACAUCUCUCUCUACUUUGCCAUUGCUGCGUUGUGUAUAGAAAAGAAAGUACCAUACUAUUGUAAGCUGUACGUUUUAGAAUCAGUGAAUAUCUUUAGAAAAUAUGUACAACUUCUAGAUUUGCCAAUUAGCUUAUUAUCCGCUUCGUACUGGUAUUUAGUGACGUAUGAUCAAAAGAGAACCAUAAAAAAAGCUAUGACUGCACACAAAUCGCAGUACGUUUGGUUUCGAAAGUUGUACAUGAUAUUUUCGCGGUACACGUUCAUCAAUACCUUCCAAGAAGUGAGCGCUCUUGAUCUGGAAUUGGACCUCCAGUUCGACGACGAGUAGUCCGCUCGCACGUUCAUUUUUAUCCUUGUACAAACUGUAAUUAAUUGUACAUAUCGAAAUAUGAGAUUUCGCUAUUAAUAAACGAUGGAAAAGGUUCUGAAAGUAACUUACGAACUAUUUUCUACGAAUUGAUCGGACACGACGUCAUCAAAUAGAAAGAACAUAACUUUUUAUUCGAUCUUACAGAAAUAUACAAAUGUUCGUAAAUAAAAGUGUAGCGUAUAAACAACAAUAAAUUCAAUUUUUAUUAUGUAA